AUGCAUUUGAAUGCACAAACAAGAGUUCUUACCCAGACUGUACCUAUUAAGAUCGCCGCCCUCGUUGGAGAAGACGAAUUGUCCGGUCCGCCGUUGUCCGCGAUUAACCCGAAGAGUCGUUUUCGAAAUGGUCACGCUUCAUUCCGGCUUCGCAUGCUCCAGGAGCAACAUGGAACUGGAUUCGAACCGGUCAGUUUCAUACCAUCUAAAUCCGACUACGUCAUGAUCUUCCCUGGGGCAGUGAUCUUUACUAUCUGCUUUGACGUCGAAAUCUUGAUAUGA